UGUUGAGACCGCGACACCUCUGAUACUUAUAGGAUAAGAGUGAGACUGAUACACAAGAAGCGGGCGGCGGACGAACGUUUGUACUUCCCACAUGCGCUCUUUGCGGGGUCAAGCUCUACGACUGUGAUUCUGAUGCACCAGGUCGGGUACGCAAGUUGUUGAAUUACCCCACGCACUUCGACGGCGGGUUGACGUGCAUGAAACUCGGCUGCGUCAAUGCCUACAAAAGCUGGACAGUGCCCGACUUUCGCGGGCCAUGCCGUUACAGACGCCAUGCGCCCAAGCAGGACCGCGAUCGUGUAGCCUCUCGGGUCGCGGUCGCCGCACCAGAAUCGGCGCAGGUGAUGGCGACGGCCCGACGACGGAGGAGCGCGCUGCGCCCGUGUUCGAGUCCCUACGAGCUCGGGCCAGCGCGGCAGCUCGGAGGGUUUUGCCGCCCGGUGGUGUUGCGGUAUCCAAUCCCGCAAAAAGCAGCGCCGCCAGCCGCGCGCCGGGCCUGCCUCAUCGCCACGCGUGGGCCCGCCGGGCCUCAUAUUCCUGUCUGCGCGGCAGAAGACUCUGAAACAACCCGGCUCGAUGAGCAGUCAACAUCAACGCGGAGGGUAGAAUCCUACGAGCCGCCAGCCCCAGCUACCGAUUGCCAACUGGGACAGAAAGGAGCUACGUCAGACCAGCAACGCAGCACAUGCACGGCACGAAUAUGAGGCGGGCCCACGCACAUGCGCGAAUAUGAGGCCGCCCAUGCGCGCCGGGCCCACGCGCGCCGGGCCUCGUCGCCCAUGCGCGCGCACUCCGUGCAGUCAUCGCCAUAGCGCCACAAACUGCGGAAGAGGC